AUGGCGCAGUUCGUGGGCGUGGGAGCCAGUUUGAAGACGGAACCUGGUGCGCCGAUGCACCAAUACGCGGCCGCUUUAGGCCUCAAGGCUGACGCUACAGGGAUUGCAUCCUAUCAAACAACGGCCGGGAUAACAAACGGGUUGGGAGGAAUGAACGGCCUCGCCAUCCCUCCGGCCAACGGAAUGUCCGGCAGCCGCGGCAAUUCUCCAUCGCCGCAGGAGCAGCAGCAGCAGCAACAAUCGCAAUUACAAUCGGGUUCGCCGACUCCAGGAAAUGGAGACAAUCCUACAACUUCUUCGCCGCCGGCGCAGCAGCACAUCGAUCCUCCGCCGAACAAGUUGUUUGUCGGCGGACUGUCGUGGCAAACGACGACAGACAAACUGCGAGACUACUUCUCACCCUACGGCACAGUCACAGACGUUCUCAUCAUGAAGGACCCGAUCACGCAGCGGAGCCGCGGGUUCGGGUUCAUCACGUUCCAGGACGCCCACAGCGUGGACAAGGUGCUGCAGGUGACGCACCACAUGUUAGACGGGAAGAAGAUUGACCCGAAGCAUGCGACGCCCCGAAAUGCCGCCAAGAAGUCGUCUUCGAACGUAAAUGGAUUUCCCGACGCCGGAGUGCCGCACCAGGCCGCGUCUACGGUGGCUGCAGCCGCCAACGGCACUCUCAAGACCAAGAAAAUAUUUGUGGGCGGCUUGAGUCAGGAGACCGCCGCCGAGGAAGUCAAGCAAUACUUCACCCAGUUUGGGGCGGUGGAAGAAGCAGUGUUGUUGAUGGACAACCAGACGAAGAGACAUCGCGGGUUCGGCUUCGUCACGAUGGCGUCGGAAACGGCCGUCGACCGCAUCUGCGACAUCCACUUUCACGUCAUCAAGGCCAAGAAGGUCGAGUGCAAGAAGGCCCUUCCGCGGGAAGCCGUCGCCGCCGCAGCCACUGCUGCUGCAGCCGCCGCCGCCGCAGCUGCCCAGCAGCCGAGCUUUGCCUAUCUCCUGGCCAGACAGCGUUGCCAGUUGGCGGCGCAGCAAGCAGCCGCCGUCAGCAGUCUCGUGCCGGCCGCUUUUGGCGGCGCCGGGAUGCAGCUCGCUGGCCCGCCUGCUUCCGCGCUAUUCCAGUUGUACGAUGGGUUCUCUUCAAACCAGGCCGGGGGGCCGACUCUCUUACAGUCGGCGCCCCAGACAGCGGGAGCCGGGUCUUCACCAGUGGUAACAUCGGGCCAGCUGACUGCCGGGAUCAACGCGCCGUCUACGUACGGCAAGGUGCUCGCGUACCAAGGAGCCACAUCCGCCUACAGGUACGCGCCCUAUCCGACGCUGAGCAAUCAAGCCGCAGCCGCAGCUGCCCUCGCGGCUGCGGCGGCGGCCAACCACCAACAACAAGGUGCCGGUGCGAAUUCCGCAGGGGCGGCCGCCGCUGCAGCCGCCGCCGCUGGCUACCAGAACUACGCCCUUCCCACACCUGUGGACAUGUCUGCUUUCCAGGGGCUGGACUGGAGCGCAAUGGGACUGCCGGCUAUGUACGCUGCCUAGAACCCGCUGGGGGAUAACAAAAAAACAAAAAAAAACAAGAAGAAAACCUACGCGGGUUCUCAUUCCCGCGAUCCUCCCCGGAUUUUGGAGGCAAGAAGCAAGUGUGUGAAAGGAUGAGUGUGUAUGUGGUUUCGACGAGUGGGAGUUGUUGACUAUUCGGACUGGAAAAUUUUUGUCGCUAAAUCUUUUGAAGUGACCAGGAACUUGGUUCCCGGAAAAACAAAGAAAAAAUUCGGAAAUUUCCGUGACGUGCAUUUUGGCGUGUAACUACGAACCCUUAAAGAGCGUAACUUCGUUUUCUUUCCUACAAAUGUUUUGACAUUUCGUUGACGAAAUUGCCACGACCCCCCGAGUUCGCACAUUUCACAAUGACCUUGGAAAUUUAGCCAACCGAGUGGCGCAGGUCUUUCCGUUCUACUUUGUUUCUAUGUUGCGAGAAAGAAACCAAUUGAUCUCAAGAAAUUUGAACUUCGGAAAAAAUGCGAACUUGUGUGAAUUGUUUUCGAGGCCGCUUAAAACACCUCGAUGACCUUUACCCGUUUAAUCAUUGCCUAUAUUUUUCUAUUCUCAUUUCGCUUCUAUAGUUUUCGUGCUUCUCCUCUCGCGCUCGUUCAUUCCGUUUCUUUUUUGGCUUCGUAGAGCGACGGAAAAGCGUUUUCUUCCGUUUUUCUCUUUUUCGUUGAUUUUUUCUUUUUGUGUUGCUCCCCGACCUUGGAUCUAGUCGACGGUUCCGAGUUUUCUGAGUUGUGAUCGGGGCAAAGACGAGGUUUCGGCAGGUUGGAUGCGCGAUUUGAUCUCGCAGAAAUGAGCAGGUCAGGUGGGACAAUACCGUCGUUAAUCCCGUAACGAUUUUUAGUAUUGCUUAAAACAAAAAAAGGAUUGUCGCGAGCAUCGAUAUCUUCCUCAACUGCUACGUGUGAUACUAAUCGGCGCAGCGAAGAACCACUGACUGCUUGAACCGCAACUGGAUGCUUUUUUUUAUUUAGUGUUUGUUUGCCCGUCCAGCGAGAAGAAGCGUCUACUUCCGGAAAUCGAAGUGCUUAAUUAGGGCGAAAACUGUAGGUUGUAAGUUUUCGGUUUUUUCGAAUCAGUAUUAGUUCUAAAGGCAUGCAUUUUUUUCUAGCGUUCGUUUUCCCGCGAAAACAUUUUUUUCUCAAUUUCGAGAAAUUUAGUAGUGUGCGGCUCUCGUGCCCGAUGAAAAGCAAAGAACCAAAUCGUUGGCUUUAAAAGCUUCAUGAAUUCGUUCGUUGGGGCCAGAGCUUUUCGACGGACGUGAGGGCGAAUCGUGACGCAGUAUUAUCGUAGUUCUUUUUCUUCGAACCCGCCGAUUCCGCGUUUCUCGCUCCCUUUUUUUUUUGAAUCAUCCGCAAUUCCGUUUGAAUUUAGAAACUUUGGACUGCGUAGUUAGGAAAUUUUCCUGCGGUUGUAGAAACUUGAAUCGGAGUUGCGGAUGAAUCUUUUUGGGAGUCUGGAGACCGUCGGCGGGGUAUUAGUGAGGAAGAGAGAAAGAGCAUCGUAUUAAAUUUUUAGUUGGAAUUAGUUUCGCGUUUUUUCGAGGCAUUUUUCCCGCUCCCGGACCUCCGGCGAAUCGUAACGAAGCAAAGUGACAGCAGUAUUGCUUGGACGUUUUUUUAUAUGGUGGUUGUCUCUGAUGAUGGUGGGCUUUAUGCCGAUCGUGAAUGGAUGACGGAAAAAGUUUUUCUGAAUGGAAGGCGCGGCCAGUGUUCACUUGUGGAAAAGGAGGAUUCGUUCUUCUUAUGUUUUCUUCGAGAGACUCGGUUAGAGUUCACCGGUACGACCCCAAGAAGCAAUAAGCGUCUGUCUCCCCGCUCGCAGCGAUUUAUUUUCCCAGCCCUGUCUAUCGUCUCGGGAGACGAACGUGAUGAUUUUUUCGGGGCGCGGAAUUUUUUAAAAAGGGAUCUACAAGAAAAUAUAAAUUUUGAACAGGAGAGGCUUCCAUAUCGAGUGACUUCGCCUGGGACACGGAAACACGACGGCGUGGGCAGUUAGAUUCGACGUUUUUUUGGCCGGGUUCACGUUGUUGAAUGUUUUACAUCCGUGCGCUUUUUUUGAAUUAACCCGAGUAGCGAGUUGAAUUUAGCAGUGCUCGACGCAGACUAGUUUACUUUGUGCCGCACGCUUCUCUUCACUUAUUCACAGAUCUUCCUGCUUUGCUCGACAGAUGACACUGUUUAGUGCUGGAGAGUCUUGGUGAAGAGUGAGGAGGAGGGUGACUGGCUUAUCGUUAUAUUGGCCACGACACCCGCUCGUUUCCAUCGGAGCUCGAGUGCGGGGUUGAAAUGCCGUAUUUACGUGAAUGUAAGACGCUAAAUACUUCGAAAACGAGUCUUUAAAAUGAGUUCACUGUACCGUAUAUUGAAUCUGAAACACACUGCCUUUGAUGAUCCUCAUGCCGGAAACUAUUCGUGAAGCGAGAAUGAGUGUCACAACUAUUUUUAAAUGUCAGUAUUUCUUGAAAACUGCAUGGCAACGAAGAAUUGGAAUGAAGGCUUUAAUUUUCGAUUUAUUGUCACGGACUUUGUGAAAAAAUGAAGCAAAUUAGUUAUGAAAAAGAAACUCAUUGGCAUGUAUCCGUUCUUGCUUUUAGAAUUUUACUCCCCUUCAUGAGUUGGUUGAAGAUGAGAAAAUGUCAAGGAUCCCGAAUACAGUAUCCUGAUCUCCCCAUGAUAUUGCUGCUACUGUAUGAAUAACUUUUAUCUAGAUUUAAAGUGUGGAGUAUACAGGUGUGUAAAUUGAGGGAAGUUGAGUCUUAUGUUUGCGUGAAUACGGUAGAUAGCUGAUGAAAUUAACUUGCACCGCAUCUUCUUCCUUGUACCCUGUGCAGCCUCCCCACUUGCGUCUUACUCACAGUAUGUUUGUGGUCUUCGCUAGGUAUUUUUGAAUUCGUUCCUCUUGCUCUCUUUGCUGAGAAAAAGGUUCUAACGGUCGGUUGUCUAGUGGAAGUGUGCAACACCCGUUUGUGUACGAGGCCGUUGUUGGUAUGGUUCCUUGGCAGGCUUGUAUACGUAAAAAAAAAGAAACCGUUCCGCUCGGCGGAACAGUGUUGUUUGUUGACUUGAUGGAUAACACGUACGCCCCCGCGCUUGUGUCCGAGUUGUGAGCUGCGAGUGUGGAGUGGAUGAUGGCGGGUGUUCAGACGAUCGAGUUUGUAUAAGGCCUUCUUUUGCCUCCCUUUUGGCUUGAAAAGCAAGUGUUGCGCCCGGUUAUCCCUCCUCGCGGGACAAAGCACGGCGGGGGUGUGUCGUAGACCGAGUUUUCCGUUCCUUUUUUUCCAUAUACCUCGGUGAAUGGUGUAUAAAGUUCAGUAUGCGUGGUCUGUUCGGCAGCGAGAGAACGAAAGAAACUGCACUUUUGGCGAAUACUGUAGUGAUGGUUGGUUUUUUACUUUUUGUCUACCGUGUAUACGUCUCUCAACGGCUCUUCUCGCCUCAAAACACCCGCCCCGAGAAUAUCUCGGGUCUAGCGUUGAUUGAGUAGCGUUCGUCAUCCUUGCUGGGGUUGCCAAGCGAGAAGAGUCGCUGUUAACCAUUUCUGUAGGCACUUGGAUCCAUGUUUCCUUUGUUGGUUUUCCCUUCCGUUGGUUUUAUUAUAUUGGGCCUCUAUCAUAGGGAUCGUGCGUAAGUGGCACAUCGGCAGCGUACGAAGCUGCGGCUGUUAGCGAAAAACUGUGUUGUUCUAGGAAUAACAGCUUAUUGGUUGAACUCUCUUUUAGGCGAUUUGGGUAUACGGUAAUGACGACUAGCUUCUCCUUCUUGACCCGUAAUUACGAAUUGUGUGACAUACACUAUUUGUUCGAGUAGUUCUAGUUUGCCCAGACGGAAUUGUGAUGAACCAGCCGCUAUACAUGAGCUUAUAUAGUCCAGGAUGAUACGGUAGUCGCUUCACACUGCUUUUCUCUUCACAGUUUUCUCCUGACACCUUAUCUAUCCUUUCUGAGGCGUUUGGACAUCCAACUGGAAGUAGUCUCGAGAGGAACCAUGUUAUUGGAGUGACCUUUUUGGACUUACGUGUAUUGUUGUAAUCGCAUUUCCACAGUUGGACACGACUGUCGUUGAUAAUCGUUGAAGCUGCUCAGUUUUAUAUUGUCAUUUCACCUUCUGCGUGUAAAAUAGGUAUACGUACAAAUUGGUUACCUUUACAAGGAGACUCUGGAAGGUGAACUAUGUUUCCUGUCAGAAAGCUGGAACUCAUUCGCGCUAGUAUGCAGUAGAAUCUUGGUUAUCCGAACUCCCAACAUAUCUUGAAAACCCCGCUAACUGAAGUUGGGAAAUAUCUGUGUCAUUUCCAUUUUUCGAGAGACAAUUGUUUCAUACGUUUGUAUAUCAUUAACCGAGAUGUACGGUACGACUCGUAUAGAUCCGUUCUCAAGUCGAUUUUUCUCCAGACUUCCCAACAUACAGUACUUCUCGUCACUUCCGUCAAUUUACUGUUGAUGAAAAAGAAGGGUUACAUUAUUCAAGGUGAUAUAAGAAUAAACGAAGAAACUUAAAUGCAGCUAUGAAGAAACAAAUGCUGAUGUUGGUUUGAGUUAUCCAGUUACGCAGAUUUUGUGUGUACUAGGUCCCAAAUCUAGUUGUUAUCUGAUGGAGAAGAACUCCUUGAGGUAGGUUAAUGAGGUGCGCAUGUUUUCCAGCUUUCUCAGAACCUUUUGAAACUGAAUCACCUUUCAGGUCUCAAAAAGUAUUCUUUGAAAGAGUGUUAAAAAGUAGAUCGAUCUCAUGAGGCGGUAGUUUAGCUAUGUUUGCUGCGGUUUCCGGAAGUCCCUAUCGAAAUUUUGCGUGAAAACGAUCUCAUUGGAAGCCCUGUCGUUUCUGUGAUGCUUCAGCGAUCGGAUCUCGUUUCGGCAAUUUUUUUCUCAGCAAAUUGUUAGGAGGAAAGAGAGCGAUUGGCAAGUUUCGAAACGGAAAGCAAUGCACUGCACCUUUUAUGCCAAUUCAUGAACAAUUUAUCACUGUGAUAAGCAAUAUAAGUUCACACAUCGUUCCACUUCUGCAGUAUCCGUAGCCCGAGUGUGUGUUUUUGUGUGUGUCUCUCUUUCCUACAGGAAACCAUUCGUACGUUGGGUAUACAGUACGGUAUGACUAUUUGGUCGACUACAGAGUAAACCCGGAUGUAAGAAGUUGGGACAAAUGGAUGCUACCGCCGCCAGGAAUUCGCGGGUGUUGGACUCUUGACAUCUUGUAGUGUAAUCAUCGCAUCUCUUACUCCUUAUCGUUACUGGUAUCAAACAUGUUGCAGUCGCCUUGACUCCAGAUGAAAAUAAUUAUUUGUUGUGCAGCUACGAGCGUUUUUCGUUGUAUCUUUCGUGAGUGUCGGGUAUACUGCGCGUUUCUGAUAAGAGCUUGUUCACUGUGAGUGAGGUACGGCAGGUGAAGGAAAAAGAGUACAAUUUAUUCCCAAAAAAUCUCUACGCACGUCUGAAUGUGUUCAUACGUGGGUGUCGCCAACGUUCAGUUCAGCUUUUUUCAUUGUGCUAUCAAUUCCCGUGAGAUCAUUACUGUACGUAUAAGUCGAGAUACUUCAGUCUGUAUACUGAUUGAAGGCGGAAUAUCUCAUUAAAUUUGAAGAUUUCUUUGUCCCUCGAUUCAGAUUUGAAGACUCUUACUGCACAGAACUAUCGUACGUUGUGAAAAGUCCGCAGCUACAGGAACUUUAUCGUUACUUGGUUGUGGCAACCAUUUACAAUGCCCAUGCCUCACUUUACGUGAACAAACGCCCCUUUUUAGUGUCACGAGUUUUCAGGUAGGAAACAUAGUGCUGAUAUUCAUUAGCGAGAUACUGAGACAUUUCUUCUGCUGUACCUAUAGAAUUCUUCUAGUAUAGGUGAGUUUAUAUGUCGUGGAGGUGAUCGUUUGAGCUCAUUUCGAUGCAGUGAAUCGUAAGUCUUCCAGUGAAACUUAUUUCUAGCCUUGGUAAAAAUCGAUAGUUAGAUGAGUAGCGGUUUUUAGUGAAGUAGAACGAGUGUAACAGGUUUUCCAUAAAUUUGUGGCGGAGCUAAGUGACAACGUCGUUCCGUUUUCACUUUCAUUUGUUCUCGAUAAGUUCGUCCAACGCCGGAUUAGUCCCGCGUUUCUUUUCAUAAGCAACGAUUUAAUAUAUUUCUGCAGAUCGUUGCUCAAUAUUUUAUAGUGAGAACUUGAACUGCGUGGAAUUAAUCAAAAUUCGAUUGAUGUCAUCCGAAAUUGCCCUGCUGAAACGUUGAUCGUGAUCGGUGACUUUCCCGAAGCCAAACCUAAUUUGCUACCGGAUCAAAAGUGUCUGUGCCAGUGCAAUCCUUUCAGAUCUUUUGAGUUGCAUAUAAAGUGCUCGUUACCCUAUUGUCGUCCUUCGCAGUUUCCUCACAGCUCUAUUUUGGAAAGGCCUUUUCCGGCGUACUUCUUUUAUGAUCGGAAUUCGAAUGGAUGAAAUUUCCACUCGAAUUCGUACAGUUCGAAGUGAGACGAUGAAUUUCACCAAAUCUUCCAUCGCAAAUUGCGUGGUAUACGAUAGUGAGUUAUUUAUAAUGAAGCCUACUCGAUGUAUUUGACAGGGUUUUUUUUUUUAAUAUUCCAUGCUAUAGGACUACGGAUUCGCUUCCACAAGGCAGAUGUGUAUGAUAUUCUGCAGAAAUGCUUUAUACUACAUGUCGAGGGAAAAUUUGUUGUGCGAUUCCACUGCGCGGUCGAAGAGGAAAUCGUGUGGAGCUUGAGAAAUGAUUCAUUAUGAUCUUAACGACGAUAUAGUCUCGUGAAAUUGAGCUUUGCGGAAUACCGUACCUAAAGUACCAAAUAAAAUAUGUCGCAUAUUUGAUGCUAUAUUUUGAUUUUGUUAUUGGAGUUGAGGCGAUUGUUGUGUUUGAUACCUCUAAAGCG